AUGGCGCGAAAGGCUGCGAAGAGCGUAGGCCAAAGUGCAUCGGAUCAGAUCGUGGCCAGCAAGAGAGCCCUGGACAGGCUGAGGGAAGACGAGUGCUGGACACGUGUUGAUUGUGAUGGCGACUACAUUCGACGGGUAGCAGGCACCGUGGGCACCAUCUCACCGCUCUUCAAGAUCAAGGAUGCCUUGAUGGAGGUCUACUCAGAGGAUCCGCCGAACCUCCCAGACCUCGAGGAUGUGCUGCAGCAUGUCUCACAGCUGGACUAUCAGGCGUACUGCACAAUAUUUGCGAUCAAUGGUGGACCAGACAGCUUCAGGAAGUACAUGGCUGAGGCAUCGAAUGCUUUGGAUGUAUGCAUCAAGGACUUCACUGCCCUUGCCAAGGCUGUGCAAAGCUGA